UUCCUCCUCCUCCCCUUUCCAAAAGGAGGAAGCCUCCGAGGCGGAAGGGGAGCCCAGAGCAGGCCUGAUGGGGUCAGCCCUGGAGGGCUGAAGGGCCCGAUCCGAGGCUUGGAAGGUCGGGGGCAGAGAAGGGGCUGAGAAAGCGCCCCCACUUCCCCAUCAGGAGGAGAGGGCUUUCUGCUUUGGAGGCGCACCUUUCGCACCCAGAUCCUGAGAUCGGAGCAGCAGCACUCCCCCCAAAAGCAAGAGGGCCCCCCCCUUUCCAAAGGGAAGGCUUGAACCCCCCCCCCCCAGUUCAACGAAGGCCAAGAUGGCCCUUGGAUCCCGGUGCAAGUUCUACCCGGUUCCAGCCCAGAACCCAAGGCCAAAGAUGCUGGGGUCCCUUGGAGUCAAAUGGACCUUCCUCCUGGGACUGCUCUUAGGUGUCAUUGAGCCCAUUGAAAGCUACUCUUCAUAUAUGGCAGGCAUCUGCCAAGGCUACCCUGACAUCCGGAAAGAACCACAAGGCCUGAUCCGUAGUCCUUCUGUGCAGGAGAUGUCAUAUAGUAGCUGUAGCUGGGUUAUUCUGGGCGGGCCUGAGGAUGUCAUCUAUAUCAGGUUCCAGCACUUCUCUCUCUCCUGCAACUCAGAGAUGCUGAUCGUUCGUUCAUCCUUUCAACCUCCAUGGAAAAUCUGUGGCUCCAAAAAUCCCGAGCCCCUCCGGAUAAAAGGAGGCAACGUGACCCUGACCUACAGCUGGAAGUUUCUGACAGGAGAUGGGUUUCAGCUGAAGUACCAGAGAGAAUCCAAAACCUGGCCUGCCUACCCAUGCAACCUUACCUUGGACAAUUUCUAUGGGGUCCUCUUUUCACCAGGCUUUGCAUCUGACUCUUACCUGGGGGUUGCCAGUUGCCAGUGGGCCCUCGACGCUCACGACAGCCGGCCGCUGAGCAUCCGCUUCACCCUCCUCGAAUUAGACAUUGGGGACUCCCUGCGGGUCUAUGAAGGGGUACCUGGGACCACCCUUCACCCCCAUUUGCUGCGCAAUUUGGACUACACCAGUAACAACAAGGUGGUCACAGUGGAUUCGCCUUCCAGCCGUGCCUGGGUCACGUACCAAGCGGCAGGAACGACCUACCGUGGUUUCAAUGCCACCUACCAUGUGCGAGGUUUCUGCGUGCCGUGGGAUUUCCCCUGUGGCGGAGGAGACGGUGAAGGGGCGACUUGCUACAGUGCUGCCGAACGCUGUGAUGGGACCUGGGACUGCGCUAAUGGUGCUGAUGAAGAAGGUUGCCGUGGAUGCCCGCUGGGACAGUAUGCUUGCGGAGGGCAAGGGAUGGGUGGCGCCGUUUGCUAUGGACUUGCUGACCGCUGCAAUUACCAGACCUUUUGCGCUGAUGCUGCAGAUGAGCGCCACUGCUACAGCUGCCAGCCGGGCAACUUCCGUUGCCACGAUGGGCGCUGCAUCUAUGAGAGCUGGAUGUGUGAUGGGCAGGCGGACUGCAUUGAUGCUUCCGAUGAGGCAGAUUGCACCUACGUCCUCCCACGCAAAGUCGUGACAGCCGCCGUCAUUGGCAGCCUGGUGUGCGGCCUUCUCCUGGUGAUAGCACUGGGGUGUACCUGCCGUCUUUAUUCCCUCCGCAACCAUGAGUUUGGGGUCUUAACCCCAAUGUCCCGCAUGGAGGCCCAGCUGGUACAGCGCCAAGCUCCGCCAUCUUACGGGCAGCUCAUCGCCCGUGGGGUCAUUCCUCCUGUGGAUGGCUUCCCUACUGAGCAUCCAAAUCAGAAUUCGAUGCUGGGGAACCUGCGAUCUCUACUGCACUUGUUGCGUCGUGACCCAACUACGACUUCCCCUGCUGCCGCCAACGGAAGCCGCCAUUCACAUCGGAAUCGCUUUCUGCGUCGUGUGGUGAGGCGCAUGCGCAGGAUGGGAUUGCUACCUCAGCCUGCCCCAUCUUCCUCUACAACCACCACCACCACUUCAUCAUCACACUCUGUUCCUGAAAACCCAUCCGAGCCAUUAUCUGGAGCUGAAAUUUCUGGCCAGCCUGACGAACAAGCCCCACCUCUUCCUCAGAAGGUCCUGCCUCUCCCUGCUGAACCUGCGCCAGAGCCCCAGGUCCCUCACCCUCCCACACCACGCCUCUCAGGAAUGAUGCACACCCUCCGGGUUCGUCUCUUCUCCCCCAUGCCCCCAUGCUCUGAGGAGGGAAGGGAUCCCCUGAGCAUACCACCGUCUCCUGUGGAUGAGGAUGAUGUCCUUCUGGUGCCUCUCACUGAACCGUGGCUCGAGACCAUUAACACCACUGCGAACUGGGACGCUGAUGAUGAACCCCUUUUGACAUGAGAAGCCAUCCACACCAGCUGAGCUGGCGUGGCCCUUCUUUACAACACUGGAUGAUGCCUUUUAAGAACUUCCCACCAAGCUACAAGUGCACAACAAGAAGAAGAAGAAUGGAUCUGCUUCCAGUACCAAUUCCCACCAUCUUUCUCCAAAAGAGUCCCAAUUGCCACGAACGGGAAAAGAAAGAAAUAAGAUGGAAUCCUGUUGGUGACCUAAGUUGAUGUAAUAUCUGGUUAUGGCAGUACAGUUGCCCCUCCAAGUCCAUGGAUUUGAGAUCCACGGACUUGAAAAUCCAUGGAGGGGCGACCACCAUUAACAUAAAUGGGGCGCCCACCCAUGGUGCACGCCCCACAUACAUACACCCCAUUCAAGCCUAUGGGGCUUGAAUAUGCAUGGGUUUUGGAACUCAUGGGGGAGUCCGCAACGGAUACCCUGCAAGUUCCAAGGGUCAACUGUAUAUAUAGUUUUUGGGGCAUUGUGGAAGCAGGUAUCUAUUACCUGCUUGCAUAGUGCCUUCUCAGUAACAGCUGUGAUGCACCUUUGUACCCCUGCCACUGGUUGGUUGCAGAAGUGUGCCAAAAUGUGGUCCAGACAGCCCUGAAUGCUUGGCGAAGAAGGCGGUGCCAUCUGGUCGUGAGUGUGCUGGCUGGUUCUUCUUUCCACAUGUGCAAGGAAACCAGAAUAUUCCUGGGCACGCUUCUGCAGUGCAUCAGCACAAGGGAACAAACAGCCCUGGGAAGCCUCAGGCCAAUGCUGCACACCCAAAGAAAGAAGCAGCAGCCUUCACCCUACCAGAUGACUGUCAGGAAUACACUGGCAAAUUCAAACCAUAGUUGCCUGGCAUUUAAGGGAGUAAGAAGAGCAGUUCUUAGAGAUGCUGUUCCAUUUGAGCAAGGCAGUCAUCUAGUUGAGGGCAUGAUGACACCUCCCUGAUCACCACUACAAGGGAUGACGAAUACUGUAUUACUUGGCCAAAUACGUAAAUACUGUAUCAUUGUUGUGACAGUGAAAUAAUGUUUUUUUCCAAAAAAAGGAUGUUUCACAUCUGGAUUCGCGCCUUAAUUCCGUGUAGUAAGACAAGAAGAAGAGGUCCUUGGGUCCACCCAGUAAUCAUCAUCAUCAUCAUCCUCUUCUUCUUGAGAGCUGCCUCUGACAGGUUUUUGGUUCAUUUGGCACUGAGAUUCCGGCUUGUAUGGGAAGCGAUAGAAGUACAUGCACUUGACAUUUUAAAAAAUGUUCUUAUAAAGUGAGGAGGAGGGGAUGGAGAUGAAAUAUGUUCUGGGUGGAGACAUUACAGAUAUUUGUCUGCUUGAAAGCUUGAAGGAAGCAAAUAUAUCUGUGUAGCACAUAAAUGGGACUAACCCUUAAAGGCAAUGAUGGAAUUGGCUAAAUCCCAAUAUUAUGGUGUGAUGCUGGGACGCAGAAAAGCAGUGCUAUAUGCUUGAACUAGACAUAUUUAUUGCAAUUAUAGAAUUAUUAAAAGGGGGAGAAGGGUGAAAAUUAUAUAAAUUCGGUGAUUCCACUGGAAAUACUUCUGUGGUAAAAUGAAAUUUUAACAGGGCAAUCCUAGGCAUGUUUAUUCAGAGGUAAAUGCCACUGUGUUCAGUGGAACUUGCUCCUAGAUGAGUGCAAAGGAUUGCUACUUUAAAAACAAAAAAGAUGGAAGAUAUUUUGACUUUCUAUUGAUAAAAUAUUUUGUACAUUAUUUUUUAAAGCAGCUGAUGAAAGAAGUGAAAUUUUGCACAGGGGAUAUCCAAUUAGGUUGUAAAUAAGGAAAAAAUUGUACAAUGAAUAAGAGAAAUAUCUCAAGGGCAAUGAUCAUUUAAGAGUUUUGUAGUGUUCAUUGCUCUUUAUUGUUUUUACGAUAACAGGAAGCAGGAAAAUUGAUAACGCACAUCCAGAUUAUCUAGAAAAUUAAUGAUUCAAUAUAAGCUUGUUCUUGUGUGUGUGUUAAUGUCUGAUUUAAAAGAUAUUAAAAAGUGAAUAUUAUCUUUGCCCACUUAAAUUAAAAAAUUGUUUUUAAGAUGAAGUGAAUUGCAGGUUUGACUCAAACCAGUGAGAAUGUGAAGUAUGGCCAUGCCAAAAUCCAAACUAUUGUUAGCUGUUUUCAAAUCAUAUUUGGGCUAACAUUUUAACCAUGGGUUGGAUCCUGGUUUGGCCAUACUUGAUGUAGAUCCACUGAAAUAGAGUAAGUUUAAAUUUAAAACUAAAGUCCCGUUGGUUCCAGUGGGUCUGUAUGUAUGCAAGUAUGACUAAAUAGGGCUGCAAUCCAAUAAUUCUUUUUAAACUAUCUCAUUAAAAAAAUAACAAUUAGAGACAAAGGUUCAGUUUCAAGCAUGUUUCUUUGGUGGUGAAAAGAAAGAGGAGGAUAAAAUAGUUUUGAAACCACUGCCCAACCCUUUGUGUCUGUUUUACAAAGCACAAAAGGCAACCCAGUUGAAAAUAUUUUGAAAAAAUGAUAUGAAAAGAAACUUGUGGGUGUAGAUUGUGGUGCUCAGAGUUGGGUAGUUAUGCUUGUAAAAGCCAGCAGCCAGACUGAACUAUGAAUACAGGCUUUUGAUGAAGGAUUUCGUUUCUGAAAGGAAUAAGUCUAGCCCACAUUCAUUUUUCUGUCUGCCACAAUUUUCUCUUUAGAGAUCCCUUUUUGCAGCAGUAGUCUUAAAAGCAACAGUCCCGACGGGGAAAUGUUGAGAGUUACUGAUCUUAUUGUAAAAUGCACAAAUGGAGAAGAAUCAGAAGAUUAGAAAAUCCACAGAUACACACUGGAUCAAAAUGACUGGUUUGGGAAUCAUGUUACCUAUUUGACAGUUUAAAAAGAAACCUCCUCAUAAGAAGUUAUUAAACUAGUGCCUUCUUAAUCAGACAAACUGAGAAGUUUCAUUGAAGUGAUAUUGGAUCUUCGUAGAAGGCAGCUCUCAAACCAGCGCUAAGACACUGAAAGAUAAAUAGCCCAAAUCAGCAAUAUUUUCUCCAGUGUAAGCCCCAUCGACAAUCAUCCAUGGUGGAUUGGGCCCCUUUGCUUGGUUUACCAAUGUGUGUGUUAUAUAAAAUUAAGUAUCUUUCCCUCCCCUCUUUUCUCGCAGAGUUUCUUCUCAAGAUAUCAGUGAAUCAGUGGUGACAUUUAAUGGGAGCCAGGAGUUCAUGUUUUCUUGUCGUUCUGUAUUUUUUCCCCUGGGUAUGAGUGCCAAAAGCAAUGGUAGCGUCGAUUUAGAUGAGCAAAUAUUUGCACUGUGUAUUAUUUUUUUGUGAUUGAGCUGUGACCACUAACUGGUGCCAUUCUGUUUGUGAUUUCACCUUCUGUUGCCUUUAAAAGUUUUGCUAAAAAUUAAAAAAAAAUACAUUUUGAAAUAUAA